GAAUGAUUAUCCACGUCACACACCAGAUAACAAGACUCCCCGCCCCCAGCUGCUUCAGUUCACGGAUUUUUCUGUAUUUCACACAUCGCAGCCAAGAAUCUGCUGCCUGAAUCAAAAUCUUGAAACACCCCAGAAAAGAAAUCACCGCCCCAAGAUUUCGAGAUUUGAAUGGGGAAGACAACGAGGAAAUUGGAGGUGGCGUCGCCGGUGCCGGCGGACAUUGACAUAGCCAAUUCGGUGGAGCCACUUCACAUCUCCCAGAUUGCCGAGGACCUCAAUCUCAGCCCCCAACAUUAUGAUCUUUACGGGAAGUACAAGGCUAAGGUUUUGUUGUCUGUGCUUGAUGAGCUUAAAGGAAGUGGAGAUGGAUAUUAUGUGGUGGUUGGUGGGAUUACUCCAACACCUCUUGGAGAAGGCAAGUCCACUACUACUGUCGGUCUGUGCCAAGCUUUGGGGGCUUUUCUUGAUAAAAAGGUCGUCACAUGCGUUCGUCAGCCAUCACAAGGACCAACCUUUGGAAUCAAAGGGGGGGCUGCAGGUGGAGGUUACAGCCAAGUGAUUCCAAUGGAUGAGUUCAAUCUGCAUUUAACCGGAGAUAUCCAUGCAAUAACUGCUGCCAAUAACCUUUUGGCUGCAGCCAUUGAUACUAGAAUCUUUCAUGAAUCAACACAAUCUGACAAGGCCCUUUUGAACCGUUUGUGUCCCCCAAAUAAAGAAGGUAAAAGGAGCUUCAGUGACAUUAUGUUAGGGCGCUUAAAGAAACUGGGUAUCUCAAAGUCCAAGCCGGAAGAGCUUACACCCGAAGAAGUAAAGAAGUUUGCCAGGCUUGAUAUAGAUCCCGAUUCCAUAACAUGGAGAAGAGUGAUGGAUGUAAAUGACCGAUUCUUGAGGAAAAUUACGAUCGGUCAGGGCCCCGAAGAGAAAGGCAUGGUAAGAGAAACGGGAUUUGAUAUCUCCGUUGCCAGUGAGAUUAUGGCAGUCUUAGCUCUUACAACUUCCCUAUCUGAUAUGAGAGAGAGGCUUGGGAAAAUGGUGAUCGGAAAUAGCAAAGCUGGUGAUCCUAUUACAGCUGAUGACCUUGGAGUUGGAGGUGCUCUGACUGUGUUAAUGAAAGAUGCCAUUAACCCUACAUUAAUGCAGACGCUUGAAGGUACCCCUGUCCUUGUCCACGCAGGUCCCUUUGCAAAUAUUGCCCAUGGAAACUCAUCUAUAGUUGCGGAUAAAAUUGCGCUGAAGCUUGUCGGACCUGGUGGGUUCGUGGUCACAGAAGCAGGGUUUGGUGCUGAUAUAGGGACAGAGAAGUUCAUGAAUAUAAAGUGUAGAUAUAGUGGUUUGACCCCUCAAUGUGCUAUUAUUGUGGCAACCAUUAGAGCCCUUAAGAUGCAUGGUGGGGGCCCCGAAGUUGUUGCUGGGAAGCCUCUUGACCGUGCUUAUGUGACUGAGAAUGUUUCUCUUGUUGAAGCUGGGUGCAUCAAUUUGGCUCGACAUAUAUCGAAUACCAAGGCUUACGGUGUAAAUGUUGUGGUUGCUGUUAACAAGUUCUCAACUGAUUCUGAUGCUGAACUAAGUGCUGUCACGAAUGCCGCAUUAGCUGCCGGAGCUUUUGAUGCUGUAAUUUGCUCUCAUCAUGCCCAUGGAGGGAAAGGAGCGGUUGACCUUGGAAUUGCAGUCCAGAAAGCCUGCGAGAAUGUUACACAACCUUUGAAAUUCUUGUAUCCUCUGGAUAUAAGCAUCAAAGGGAAAAUAGAGGCAAUAGCAAAGUCAUAUGGUGCCAGUGGCGUUGAAUAUUCAGAACAGGCAGAGAAACAGAUCGAGAUGUACAGUAAACAGGGAUUUUCUGGUCUGCCAAUCUGCAUGGCCAAGACGCAGUACUCUUUUUCCCACAAUGCUGCAGAGAAGGGAGCUCCUACUGGUUUCGUGUUGCCAAUUAGAGACGUAAGGGCGAGCAUUGGAGCAGGAUUCAUCUAUCCUUUAGUUGGCACAAUGAGCACAAUGCCUGGCUUACCAACGAGGCCUUGCUUCUACGACAUAGAUCUUGAUACUGCCACUGGAAGGGUCAUCGGUCUUUCUUGAGAGCUGAGCAAUGGUGCUCAAGUUUGGGAUUCCGUCCUGUUCCCAGAGCCGUACUGCUGAUAUCUUGUUCGUGCCUGUCUCCUGUAUAAUUUAGAAUGACGGAAAAGCUAAAACUGUAUUUUUGGCGUAAUAAGAAAGCUUUGAGUUGGUAAUAAUUCUAUUUUCCGAGUGUGUGUUUGGUAAGGGUCUCUCCCGUCCCUGAAUCUUUCUGUUUUGAUUUUCUUACAUUGCGGACUUGAUUUUGAUCUGGUGGAAACCUGAAUUUUGUUAACCUUGUC